GAGCGAGACGCGAGAGCCAACAUGGCGGCGUGACAAAUAAUCUCUUGUCUGCUAGAGUCAAUGUUGGAAAAAAAAAAGUAUAUAAUUAUUGUAUUUUAAAAGUAGUAUAUUUGAUAAAUAUUAUAUUAUUACGUUGAUAAAUUAUUAUUUUGAUAUUUUAAAUAAGUAAUUGUUUAUUUUACUUUAAGUGAUAUUUAAAUGUGAAUUUGUAUACGUGACGAGUUUGAAUUUUUACCAUCGCAAAUUCACCCGAAAUAUAUAUAUGUGUGUGAUACAUGUAUAUAUGUGUGUAUGUAUAAAUCUGGAAAAAUACAUAUAUGUGUUUUAAUAUAAAUUAUAAAUGCAAACAUGGUUUUUAUUUUAAAUUAUUCAGUUAAAAUAAAGAUGUUAUGUUUUGCGUGGUGAAAAUAUUUGUCUGAUAUAUUUUUAUUGAUUUGACAAAUAAUGUCGUCGAUACAAAGUAAAAUGCGAGGACGGCCUCCGAAAUCAAAGAACUCCUGUACGUGGUGCAAUGAAACUAAACAGCCUUUGAAAUAUGUUCUACCAACUCAACAUGGAAAGAAAGAGUUUUGUUCAGAGUCAUGUUUAUCGGCAUUUAGGAAAGCUUAUGUCAGAGGAGCUUGUGUACGUUGUGAUAAUGUCAUCCGAGGUUCGCCAAUUAGAUUGGAGCAAAAAGAUGGCCCAACCAAAGACUUUUGUUCUCCGUUUUGUUUAAGCAAACAUAAGACGAAGGAAAUUCAAGCUGAAGCUAAAAAAAACACAAGUGAUCAACCGUCACCAGCAGCAUCACCUGCUCCGUCUGGAUUACCCAGUAGUAGUGGUACGAUACCACAGUCAUUUACAACAAAUAAUGGCGCAAAUAGUUCAACAAAUAACAAUAAUAAUAAUAAUACUAAUAAUAAUAAUAAUAAUAAUAAUAAUAAUAAUAAUAAUAAUAAUAAUAGUACUGUUAGUAAUAAUAAUAGUAAUAAUAAUCCAGCGAGCAUAUCGCAUGCACCAUCAACGUCUACAGGUCCAUUUCAAUAUGAAACUUACCAAACAUUUGACUGGGAUCUUUACCUCAAGGAAACAAAUAGUUCAGCAGCACCCGCAGAAUGUUUCAAACAGCAUGUGACACCUUCGGUAAAUGAUUUUAAAAUAGGAAUGAAACUCGAAGCACUGGACCCGAGAAAUUUAACAUCUACGUGUAUAGCAACAGUAGUUGGUGUACUGGGGCCCAGAUUAAGACUGCGGCUGGAUGGGUCUGAUAAUAAAAAUGACUUUUGGCGGUUAGUUGACAGCAAUGAGAUCCACCCGAUAGGUCACUGUGAAAAAUCUGGUGGCAUGCUUCAACCCCCACUGGGCUUCCGCAUGAAUGCUUCGAGCUGGCCGAUGUUCUUACUGAAAACUUUGAAUGGAGCUGAAAUGGCGCCAGCUAAAGUAUUCAAACGCGAACCAAAAACACCCAAGACAAAUCUGUUUGAAGUCGGUCACAAACUUGAAGCGAUUGAUAAAAAAAAUCCACAGCUCAUUUGUACGGCGACUGUUGGAGCUGUCAAAGACGAAAUGAUUCAUAUAACAUUUGAUGGAUGGCGAGGCGCAUUUGAUUACUGGUGUAAGUAUGACUCGAGAGAUAUAUUUCCGGUUGGUUGGUGUUUCAAGAGCGGACAUCCACUGCAGCCACCACGGCAGAAAGCCACUGGACAGAACAGGUUCAAAUCGCGGACCAGUAAUGUGCUUCCAGUGAUGGCUGUGUCUGGUAAUGGAGCAAGUGGAGAACCAGCUGUUGCUUUGGUCAGUCCUGCCGGUUCUAGCGCACCUCCGCAGCCUGCUACUGAACCAGACACAAGUACUGCUAACAACAAACCCCAUGUACUGGACAAUGUUACUUUAUAUGUCAAUCACAAUUGUUCAUGCGGACCGUACUUCGAUCCCAAGAAAGUAAAAGCUAUACCGUCGAAAUUUGGAAGUGAUACCAUUCUAAAUGUCAUCAGAGAUGUGUUUCAAACAUUUUUAAUGGCAGCAAUGAGUCCAAGACAAAUGUUGAGUCUAUUUAAACGUGGAGAAGGUGACUGCGUAAGUCUGAUACUCGAAGCCAAAACAACGUCUAUAAGACUGCCGGUAUUUCUUGACGAAGAAGAUUUUUACUCCUACAUAAGGCGGCAACUGGAAGAUUUGUGUGCAUGUGAGCACUUGUUAUUCAAAAGACAAGAGACCUGCGAAAAAUGUCUCAGCUCACAGCAGUCGAUUAUCAUUAAAAGAGAAGAAAAUAGCAAUCCUACAGCUGAAAAACGUCGAUGGUCUGUUGAAAAGUCACAGACUUCUACUGCACCUCAGCAACAACCGGCGCAACCUCAGCAGCAGCCUCAACAAAAAAAUCAGAGCAUUGUCACAACCCCUGGCACCACCAGCAUUGAUUCUACUCAGCCGACACCUCCGCCAGCUAAGCAGCCGAGGAAAUCAGUGCUUGAACUAGAAGCAGCGACUUCGACUACGCAAUCUGAAAGUUCAGCGACGCGUAUCUCUUCAACGGAACCUGCUGAAUGGACCAUUGAAGAUGUCAUUCAUUAUAUCGGAGUUAUUGAUCCUGUUCUUGGCCAGCACGCUGAUCUUUUUCGUAAACAUGAAAUUGAUGGCAAAGCUUUGCUGCUUCUUAACUCGGAUAUGAUGAUGAAGUACAUGGGUUUGAAAUUGGGACCUGCAUUAAAAAUUUGUAAUUUAGUUAAUCGUAUCAAAGGUCGGAGACAUGUGAUGCUUUGACUUUCUCAGUCAUCAGUAUAAAUUUUUUAUUUAGACAAGAAAAAAAAAGUUGAAGUUAAAAAUAAUUUCAAUGGACAUUUACGAUAAUAAUAUUUUUGAAAAAAUUAACAGCAUGGAUUUAUAAAAGUUGAAUUAUUGGAAUACGAUAUAUUUUUGUUGAUAAAAAAAAAUAACAUAAGUCAAUUAAAUUGGCUUGAUGUACAAAUAACGAAUUACGCGUAAAUUUAAUGCAUAUUUAAUAAAAUUUCAUCGAGUGGAGUUAUAAAUAUAAAUCCACUUAUCAGCACUUCUUCCUUAUAAAUAAUUACUACGCGAUUUAAUAAUCUAUAUCACAUCGUUCAAACAAUCACGUUUACAUUUUUAAAUUAGCAUAUUGGAAUUUAAUAAUAUUUAAUUAUUAUACAUAUGAAUAUAUAUAUACUUUGAUUUGUAUUAUUAAUUUAAACAAUUUGAUGUGUUAAAGGUGAGCUUGAAAAAUUACUAAUCAAUUUUUUUUUAAUUCUUAAGGGCAUUCUCAGACAGUGCCGACUUUUAAAAAAUAUUCGUCAAUUUUCAGCUGUCAACUGUAUUUAAAGUUUAUUAAUUAACUAAAAAACAGUUAAAGCAUUAAUUGAAAAAGACGACCUAGUUGCGAUGGGAUAUAGAAUUUUCAAAAAAUUACUUCCCAAGUCGCACACUUGACUUUUGACAUCCAUAAGAUGGCAGUUUUAAAGCUGUUGUUUUAUCUAUCAGACACCAAAAUAUUGACAACGAUCAGAAAUUUAUGUCACCGAAAAAAUGUCUGCUUAAAAAAUUUGACACAAGUGACGUCAAAAAGUAAAUUAAAAAUGUUGUCAACUAAGUAAUUAAUUAAAAUUUUUUUGGACAGGAAAAAGAAGACAAAUUUCUUAUGACUCUUAGAGCUAACAUUUGUUUGUCUUAUUUAUAUAAAAAAAAAAACGGCUUGGGCACAAAGAAAAUUUGUUCUUUUAAAAGACGUCUUUAUGACAUCUUAAAGUUGUCUCGAUGCAACUUGGGUCUCAAUUAACACACGGCUUUGUAACAUCUUCAAGAUGGCAGUUUUGAGGCCGGAUUUUGACCUAUCGUGCAUCAGAAUGUUGACAAAACAAUUAGAAAUUUAUGUCACCGAAAAUAUGUCUGCUUAAAAAAAUUGACACAAGUGACGUCAAAACGUAUAUUAAAAAUGUCAUCGAAAAGAUUCGUUAAUUGAAAUGACGACACAGUUGAUGUUAAUUAAAAGUUGAACGAAUAAAAUUUUGAUGUCAAUUUUGUAAUUCGAAAUUUCAAAUUUCUUAGGCCAAAAUUUAUUCGAAAAAUUUCGUUUGACUCCCAAUUAAUAACAACUAAAUAAUUUUUUAAAAAUCUAUCUCAGCAAAAUUGUCUUUUUUCCAAUUAAUGCUUACAUUUUUUUUAAUUAAUUAAUAAAAUUUUGCUACUCUCAUGACAGGUCAUUGAAAAUUUUCAAAAAGUGAUACUGUCUGAGAAUGUCCUUAAAAUAUUGCGAUUGCAAUACGGUCUUAAAAAUAAUUUACUGACCUAAUAAAUUUUUUUCUCAUUUGCAAUAUCACUAGCCCGUUUCUAUUAUAUAUUUAUAAAUAUAUAUAUAUAUAUACAUACAUUUAGUUUCUAAUCAAAACAUUUAAUAUCUGUAAAUAAUUAGGAUUAAAUAUAAAGGAAAAAAAUCAAUAAAUUUAAACAAUUAAUCGUAUAGAUCCAAAAGACUAGAUGUCUUGUGAUACCUUCACUCAGAGAUUUGGUAAUUAAUCUUUUUUUUUUUAAUUAGCUAAAUAUUAAUAAUCAAUUGCAGUCUCCAGAUCCCUCAUUGUUUGAAUAAUUAUUUCAAUGCGUACUUUAUAUUUUGUACCAAAGUCAGCCGGUGAAACUUUUUCUUUAAUUAAUAAUUAUUAUUAUUACUUGUUUUUUUUUUUUUUUAAUGUCCGAUCUUUUGUACAUAAAUUCUUCAUUGCUGUGAAAAUUAUAACAGACAUUAAAAUACAUUGUAUACCUUUUUGUGUAUUUAGAUUUAAAAUAUUAAUUAAAAUUAUUAAUUGUAAUAUUCUUCGGAGUAAACAAAUUUUAUAGUUUAUUGGAAAAACUAAAAGUAAUUGAACGUAAUUUGUUAUAUCGCCAUAAUCUCAUGAUGAUAAUAAUUGAAAAUAAAAAUUAGGGAAUUAAAUAAAUUCUCGGCGCUGUUAUAAAUAAUUGACGAAAACAUAAAAUAGAAAAAAAAAAUAUUUUUUACGGCAAAUUAAAUUUAUUAGCGAUGCCGUACUAUAGUAUUUUCACUAAGUUAAAUCAUGUAUGUAACACUUAUAAUUGUAAUAUAAAUCAAUAACAUAAAAUUAUUGAAAAUU